ACAACAAAUGCAGCUUUAAUAACACUUUUGGCAUCGUGCUCCUCGAUUAACUAUCUCAGAUCUCUGACAGCGCCAUCGGUCCACUUAUUUCUGGCAUUUGUUUAGAGGAAGAGCUCAUGUAAUGGGGCGGUGUUUUCCUCAAGCUAUUUAAACCUCCGACUAACCUGGACAGCAACAAUUUUCCUUCUUUCUGUUGCGUAACAGGAUAACCCCUAACAUAAUAACCAACCAGUCAUACGCUCUGUGUUUUCUGAAGCAGUUUUAUUUAUUCGGUGGUUAUUUUUUUUUACAUUCAUCGCAGAAGAAUGGACUUCGACUUGCCUCCUUCUCUUCCGGUGAGCGGUAUCCCAUGGGAAAGGGUUCUCCCACCGUUAUUCCCCCGGUGGAACGGGAAAAUCGGACCUUAUUCAUGGACCCCAACCGAACUUCUAAUCCCGGUUUCUGAGCACACCGGAGCAGCACAGGUGACCUGUGAUCAGAAGGGAUUCACUGUGCAGGUUGAUGUAAAACACUUCAGUCCCGAGGAACUGCUGGUAAAAGUUACCGGAGAUUAUGUUGUGGUCGAGGGAAAACACGAACAAAAAAAGGACGGCUCAGGACUGGUGACACGUCAGUUUAACCGGAGAUACAGGAUCCCGAACGGAGUGGACAUCACGGCCCUGGAAUCAGCCAUGUCACCAGAAGGCAUGCUGGUGAUCUCAGCGCCUCUGACACAAGGAGACAAUUCCACAAUGUUAAAUCACAGCGGACCAUGAUGUGCUCACACACACACACUUUUUUUUUUGGCUGUUCUUCACUGUUUUAGUUCUUAACGUGUUAAUGCAAGGCGCUUAAAGCUCCCAUCCUCUGGGUUUCUCACCUAAAGCAACGGUAAAGACCAAAACAGACUCACUCCCCCUUGUGGCGGUGGGCUGCUCAAUUCCAAACAUACUUGAUUUCAAGCCAACAAGGAAACCGUAUCCCAUUUUCUUCACACUUGCUGUCAGUUUAGCACACAGCCAGUAAGAGCGACAAAUUUGUCCUGAAGUUAACAUCCAAACACGAACCCACGGUCCUGAAUUUAGUACGAGAAGUUCAGUUCGUUUUGAUAGGCUAUGUUGAGAUUGUACAUAUUUUAAAAAAAGCGAUAAUUUCAGUGUUAAUCUUAACAUUUGUGUGAUGUACAGUUUGAAUGUCAAUAAAUGUAAUGUACCACCCUUGA